UAAAGAGAUCUACCCUAGACUACCGGCUCUUACUCCUCUCUCUGACGACACAGCAGAACCAAGCAGGGAGCCUGACUGAGCAGAACAUUUCCCCAUCACUAAAACAGGCCACCAUGUCCAGGAAGGUAGUCAGGGCCAGUAAGUUCCGUCACGUCUUCGGCCAGGGGGUGAAGGCUGACCAGUGCUACGAUGACAUCCGCAUCUCCCAGAUGACCUGGGACAGCAACUUCUGCUCCGUUAACCCCAAGUUUGUGGCCAUGAUUGUGGAUGCCAGCGGAGGAGGGGCCUUCCUAGUGCUGCCUCUGAACAAGACGGGUCGUAUUGACAUGUCCCAGCCCACAGUCUGUGGACACACAGGCCCAGUGCUGGAUAUUGAGUUCUGUCCCCACAACGACAACAUCAUUGCCAGUGGCUCAGAGGACUGCAGUGUCAUGAUUUGGGAGAUCCCGGACGGUGGCCUGGUCACGCCCCUGAAGGACCCCGUGGUGAAGCUGGAGGGGCACUCCAAACGCGUGGGCAUCCUCAGUUGGCACCCCACUGCCCACAACGUGCUCAUGAGCGCAGGCUGUGACAACGUGGUGAUCCUGUGGAACGUGGCGUGUGGCGAAGCCGUGGUGAGGAUCGACUCGGUCCACCCUGACCUCAUCUACAGUGCCUGCUGGAACAGGGACGGCUCCCAGAUCCUCACCUCCUGCAAGGACAAGACCCUACGUGUGAUGGACCCCCGCAAGGGCACUGUCAUUGCCGAGAAGGAGAAGACCCACGAAGGCUCCAGGCCUGUCAAGGCUGUGUUUGUGUCCGAUGGGAAGAUCCUGAGUACAGGCUUCAGUCGCAUGAGUGAGAGGCAGGUGGCACUUUGGGACCCAAAUAGCUUUGGGGAGCCGCUCACCCUGCAGGAGUUGGACACCAGCAGUGGCGUCCUUUUGCCCUUCUUUGACCCCGACACUGGCAUCGUCUACCUCUGUGGCAAGGGUGACAGCAGUAUCCGGUACUUUGAGGUGACGGAUGAGGCUCCUUAUGUUCACUACCUGUCCAUGUAUAGCAGUAAGGAGAGUCAGAAGGGCAUGGGCUACAUGCCCAAGAGGGGCCUGGAGGUCAACAAGUGCGAAAUCGCCAGGUUUUACAAGCUCCAUGAGAGGAAGUGCGAGCCCGUUGUCAUGACGGUGCCCCGCAAGUCUGACCUGUUUCAGGAGGAUUUGUACCCAGACACCAUGGGUCCAGAGCCGUCUGUGGAGGCCACUGAGUGGUUUGAAGGCAAAGAGGGCCAACCUAUCCUGAUCUCCUUGAAGGAAGGUUUUGCGACAACCACCAAAAACAAAGAGUUCAAAGUUCACAAAAGUCUUCUGAAGACCACAUCAGCUACCGUGGGGCAUCAGCACGAUAUCAGUGGGGAGGUACAUGCCUUGCAGAAGGAGGUGAAGACUCUGAAGGAAAGAGUAGAGGAGCUGACCAAGCGUGUGAGCGAACUAGAGAGCAAGAAUUGAAAUAGAGCGGUUGGGUUAGAGAGGGAGCUGAUGGAGAGAGAGAAAUGAGCAGGAGGUGUAAAGAGGAGGAGAAGAUAAAGAGGAGAGGAAAGUGAAAUAGUUUGAAAUAGUUGGGGAUGUUUGAAGGAAAGAUGGUUAAAGGGAGAGUUGGAGACAGGAUCCAUCAAUAUCAGGAGCCCAAUAUCUUUUGGGCUCGAAGCUUGAAUUAGUUUUUUGUGUGAAUUUGAAUUUGUGUGAAUUAUCACAUUUAUAGAGACUUGUUUUUAAUAUAUGCUCUUACAUAGUUGGAAAUAAAAGUCCUCAAUAUUUUCAAAAUA